CUUCCUGUUAUUGCUGACUUCAUUUCCGGGCGUCGUUCCAGGCAGAGAGAUCAACUAUAAUGGCAGUUGGUCCGGCGGAGACUUUCCAUGUGCUUCAUAGAUGAGCUGUAGAGCUCAGGCAGGUGUUUUUAAUGGGAGGCGGAUUGAUCUGCUCUGAGAUCAGCGGGCGAAUCUUGCACAGAUGGCGGAGGUACCGGCUCUGGCCCGGUUGGAGUCCCUGGCCCGGUAUGUUCACAAAGCGGCCAGCGAGGGGCGAGUCCUGACCCUGGCCGCCCUGCUCCUGAACCACUCCACCGUUCAGACCCGAUACCUGCUGGAGUAUGUGACCCAGGAGGCCGGACAGAGAUCCACACCGCUCAUUAUUGCUGCUCGGAACGGACAUGACAAGGUGGUCCGGCUGCUUCUGGACCAUUAUAAAGUGGACACCGAACAGACUGGGACUGUCAGAUUUGACGGGUAUAUUAUUGAUGGUGCCACGGCUCUUUGGUGUGCAGCUGGCGCUGGGCAUUUAGAAGUGGUACGUUUGCUGGUUUCGCACAAUGCCCACGUGAAUCACACCACCCUCACAAACUCCACCCCCCUCAGGGCUGCGUGCUUCGACGGCCGGCUGGACAUCGUACGGUAUCUCGUUGAGCACAAGGCCGACAUCAGCAUUGCCAAUAAGUACGGCAACACUUGUUUGAUGAUCGCCGCUUACAAGGGCCACACCGACGUUGUUUACUUCCUGCUGGAGCGCAGCGCGGAUCCUAAUGCCAAAGCUCACUGCGGGGCUACUGCGCUGCACUUUGCCGCAGAAGCCGGGCAUCUGGAUAUCGUGAAGGAGCUUGUACGAUGCCAAGCAGCUAUGGUGGUUAACGGACAUGGCAUGACGCCACUGAAAGUGGCGGCCGAAAGUUGCAAGGCGGACGUCGUAGAGCUGCUGCUGUCGCAUGCGGAUUGCGAUGUACCUAGCCGCAUUGAGGCAUUGGAACUGCUUGGAGCAUCUUUCGCCAACGACCGUGAGAAUUACGACAUUCUUAAGACCUACCACUACUUGUACCUCGCCAUGCUGGAGCGAUUUCGCGAUCCCGAGAGGGUUAUCGCCAAAGAGUUGCCGUCUCCAGUUGCGGCGUACGGAGGGAGGGCCGAGUGCCAAAAUUUGCAAGACUUAGAUGCCAUUCGACACGACCGGGAUGCACUACACAUGGAAGGCCUCAUGAUUCGUGAACGAAUUCUGGGUGUGGAUAACAUAGAUGUGUCGCAUCCCAUAAUAUAUCGCGGCGCGGUCUACGCCGACAACAUGGAGUUCAAACAGUGCAUCAAACUCUGGCUGCACGCCUUGCAUCUACGCCAACAAGGAAACCGCAACACGCAUAAAGACCUCUUGAGAUUUGCGCAAGUGUUCUCGCAAAUGGUCCACUUGAAGGAGCCGGUCCGCGCAUCGGACGUUGAACACGUUUUGAGCGCCAGCGUCCUUGAGAUCCGCCGCAGCGUGGCGCGCUUGCGAACCACCACCGAUGCGGAGUUGCCGGCGGCCACCGACAGCUACGAAUCCAACGUGUUCACUUUCCUCUACCUGGUUUGCAUCUCUACGAAAACGCAGUGCAGCGAAGAGGAACGAGCGCGUAUAAACAAACAGAUCUAUGACUUAAUACGCCUAGAUCCGCGAUCCCGAGAGGGGUUGUCGCUUUUGCACCUAGCGGCUAGCUCUAGUACGCCAGUAGACGACUUCCACACCAACGACGUGUGCAGUUUUCCAAACGCGCAAGUGACCAAGCUGCUUAUAGACUGCGGAGCCCAGGUAAACGCCGUGGACCAUGAAGGAAACAGCCCUUUACACCUCAUCGUACAGUACAACCGUCCCAUCAGCGACUUCUUGACCCUCCACGCCAUCAUCAUCAGCCUCGUCGAAGCCGGCGCUCAUACGGACAUGACCAACAAGCAAAAGAAGACCCCGCUUGAUAAGAGCACAACGGGUGUUUCUGAAAUCCUUCUGAAGACGCAGAUGAAGAUGAGUCUGAAAUGCCUGGCGGCUCGCGCCGUGCAGCAACAUCAGAUCUUGUAUCGGGACCAGAUUCCCAAAAGCCUGGAGGAGUUUGUUGAAUUUCACUGACCUGUGCUUUUGUUUUUCCAUCAGAUCUGGUUUUUGGAGUUUGUUUUAACCUGUGAAACGGUGCUGUGAACUCCUAAUUUGACCUCGUUUAGUGCUUUGCACGGAUUGUAAGUCUAGAAAAUGUAGAAAAUAUACAUCCGUUUGGGAGAUCUGACUAAAUCCAACUGCUGCAUUUUAUCCCAAAGGAACUGGAGUUUCCAGUUUCAUUCUGGUUCUUUUUUUAACAAAUCAAAGAGGAUGUUGAUGCUGAUGGAUACUGGCAGCGCAAAAGACUCUUAUUUUGAACACUGAUACGUUUCUUCUUUUGGCAAACAGCAUUUUAUUGUGUGUUGGACUGUAGUCAUGACAAUGUGAACAGCUUUUUUUAUUAAGCUGCUCUUUUGUCAAAAUGUUCAUAUUUUUUGUUUUCUUAACGUAUUUUAUAAGAGGUUUAUUUAAAACAGAGUGAAAAAUGUCUAUUUUAAAAUGAAUCAAUAGCCGAGAGUUGAUAUCCUAAAGCUAAACUCCGUGCCAGGUGGUUUCUUUUAUUUGAAUAUUAAAAUGUGCCUGUAACCAGAAAGUUGGACGUUUAUAAUUAUUAUUGUUAUCAUUAUUAUUAUUAUUAUUAUGGUUCUUUUUUUUAAAACCAUGACGCCACUUCAAAGCCAAUUAGCGAGUCUGUAAUUCUGACUCUCGUUAAUGAACACAUGCUGGAGCUCUUUUUGAGUCACGGGGCCUUAUUCUGGAUGGUGCUGUCGUGUGAAUGUGAGAGCAGCAUGUCUUCCUGCUUUUAGUUCUGUGUGUGUGUGUGUGUGUGUGUGUGUGUUUGAGAGCAUGUCUGAAUGUGGCCGAAUGUGAAGGUUUUUAACCCUCUUUGUUUGCACCAUGUUUUAUUCUUUAAUUACUGAAUAUUGAUCAACGUGUGUUUAUUUCCAAACCAAAUAUAACAAGAUUAAAAACAUCGAUCUAAGACA